CAAACUACCUAGGCACUUAGCCUUUUCAACUCGUAAAUACAAUCUCAGCCUCUCCCGUCUGAGAUUAUUGUAAUCAAGAGUCUCCCCUCUCCCGCCCCGCCGACCGACGCAGACACAGACACAGCGGGUGGAACUCGAUGGCAUGAAUCCCAAUACGGCCGGCAGAUCGUUCUACAGCACCAUCAGUACCCAGACCUCAUUCUGCCGCUUUUCUCCGGUCACUAGUAGAUUUAGAUUUCGACCUCGACUUCAACCUCUUUCUGAUAAAAUCACGACGACGACCGUGUUGUCGAUAGCAGGAGGACGACACCAACGACAACACCCUGUCCGACGAAGCUCCACGUACCAGCAGUACCAUCACCAUCACCACCACCACCACACACAACGAUCAUUGUCCACUUUUCCAUCAAAUCGCCGACAUCAUCUACCUUGCCCUCCCUACUUCUCACCCUCAAGACUCACCACUCGUAGCUUUUUCUCCUCAUCAACCUCUCAAAAGAACUCCUCCUCCUCCUCCUCCUCCAUGGCAGGGCGAGUACCGAUUGAACCUCAGAGCGUCGACGCUCCCUUGACGGCGUCGGCGACCUUUCUGGUCUUGACCAUCAAACCGGACGCGGACUCCAUCAAGACGGUGAGGUCCGUCUUGUCCAGCGUCGACGACCUCGUCAAGAACGUGGCGUUCCGCGACCUCCAGGCUCUUUUUGCGUGCACGGUCGGCAUCGGGAGCGACGCGUGGGACACUUUGACACAGGGUGGUGUCCCUCGCCCCCCGGAACUCCACCCGUUCAGGGAGAUCAAGGGCAAAGUGCACACCGCGGUGUCGACGCCGGGGGACGUUUUGUUCCACAUCCGGUCCCAACGGCGAGACCUGUGCUUCGAGUUCGAGCGUCAGGUCAUGGAGUUGCUGGGGGACUCGGUGACGGUGGUCGACGAGACCGUCGGGUUUCGUUACUUUGACGCCCGAGACCUGUUGGGCUUCGUCGACGGCACGGCCAACCCCGUGGGUCAAGCCGCCGUCGACGCGACCAUCGUCGCGGCCGACGCCGACGACCGCGGCGACUCCCGGUCGGUGGGGGGGAGUUAUGUCGUCGUCCAAAAGUACGUCCACGACCUCAAGCGGUGGCGCGGCCUGUCGACCGAAACCCAAGAGUCCAUCAUCGGACGGACGAAACUGGACAACGUCGAACUCGACGACGCCGAUCAAGGCAAACAAAUGUCCCACAAGUCCCUGGCCACCAUCGAGGACCAGGAAGGUGGUGAACACGACAUCCUCCGUGACAACAUGCCGUUUGGUUCCCCCGGUUCAAACGAGUUUGGGACCUACUUCAUCGGCUAUUCCAACAAGUUGUGGGUGGUGGAAAAAAUGUUGGAGAGGAUGUUCAUCGGGAACCCUCCCGGUCUGCACGAUCGGAUCUUGGAUUAUUCCACAGCCACGACGGGCACGACAUUUUUCGUUCCUGCUGCCAGUGUCUUGUCCGGUCUUGGUGAUGAUUGAGAAUUACUUUUGCCACUUACCGUUUACUCUGCCUCAGGUACCUUGGUAUAUGAUAUACUACAUACUGUAUCUUGAUUUUACUGCACGAAUCUCA